AUGUAUAUCCCCUAUCAACACGUUAGCCAACAAUUCAGUGUUCUCGUCUUUCGAUUCACUAAUGUGUUCCCUUUCCUGUCCAACCUCGCAUCUGCUGCCGUUCUCGAUCCUGCUGGACUCCACCAUGGCUUCCAACAAUACCAAGGCUUCGGUGAAGAAUUUGCUGUUCCGCCCAGUAACGAGUUGAUGGAUUUCAACGCAUUUGCUUCGGCGAUGAUGACGGAUGACAUCGACAAUCUGCACGAGUACUAUGACAGUGAAGGUGAACAAGAUCUCGAAGGCGACUACGACGGGACAGAUUUGGAUUCGGAGGCUGGAGGUGGCGAAACUGAGAGUAAUGGCAACAGCGAGAGCAGCGCAUCUUCCGUAAUCGACUUCAACCUUGACGAUGACAACGACGAUAAUGAGUCCAGCACCGAGUUCUUCAACCUGCCAAAUGGCGUCAACGAAGGCCAUCCAUACGAAUACUUCGACGACGACGGUGAAAUCAAACAAGCAAAAGCACCCAAACUCCCUUCCGACUCCGACUUUGUCGACCCAGAAGUUGAAGCCAUAAUGAAGAAGACCGAGCAAGUCCUAGCUCAACUGUCCUUGCAAGCACAGCCCAUCAUCGAGGAACAACCCAUGUCGACGCAGAUCCUUCUCUCAAACCAAGCCCUUGAUCAAGUCUUCAAACCUUAUGGCAAACAUGGUAGUCAGUUGCAGUUCAGUGCAGCUGUGAUGAAGUUCUUGGAUGGAGGUGAUACUAUUCGUCGUCCGGGGAAGGCUGGCUCUGAUAAGAGGAUGGAUGGGAAGUUGAAGUUCGCGCCACUUGAUCCCAUGGCUGAUGCUAUGGCGAGAGAGAGUGUGGAAACGAAGCAGAAGAGGUUGAAGCUGAAACGCAGAGGUGAUGGUCGUCGGGUAGCGAGCGAUGGUGUCGAGGACUUGCGGAUUAAAGUGCCUAAAUGCAAUGCAAAAGAUGUGAGCACAGUUGUCAAGACCAAGAAAGACCAAGAGAAGGCCAAGAAACCCUCAUACGAUCUGAUGGUGGUUGAUGACAACAUCAAAUCUGUUUCUGUCAUCUCAGGAGUCAAUACGGACAACUUGGUCGAUGGCAUUGUUUACAGGAAGACAAGUGAUCCGCUCGACCUCGCAGGUAAUCCUAUCGUCACAAACGUGAUGGAAAAGGUGAACCUGUACACUGCCGACCGGGCCGACCUUGAGCUGAGACCUGCCAACGAGGCCGUGCCUGGACAUCUGGACAUCGCCCUGCAGGCUAUGCAGAACGACCACACUCAUCUCAACUCCAUACCCUUCACACCGUUAGCAGCAACAUUCUCGGGAAUCAACUUGCGGACACCAGCCACGACGGCUCUUGCACCCUACCCUUCUGCUCCACAAGCAUUACGGGUCAUGCAACCUGUGCAUUUCAACCCUGGCAACAGCCUACGACCUGGCACUGCGACAUCAACAUACUCCUGCUCAGUCGACCCUCGCGCAAACACCCGCCUCGCCAGCCAACCAUACAACCCAAUCAAAUUGCAAUUCGUAUGGCCAGCAACACUGCGUUCGGACGGCCAACCUUGCAACCCCACACCAGGCCUGUUAGACUCAAUCAAUCGCAUCCUGCAGCUUUACAACCAUGAAGCACGCUUCACUUUGUCGUACUAUACUCGCAAGUACGGUACACCAGCACACUUGAGCGGUCCAUAUCGAAGACGACCGGAAGAUGAACCGCCUCAUGCCCUGUUUCGGUUAGGUAUUGCCCAAUGGCUAAUGAGCCAAGUCGACACCAUCAUCGAACACAAAGAACGUGAUGAGCUAGGGCUUAAUCCCGAGGCGCGGAAACUACUAGGUGCGGUCUGGGAAGCUCAUCCGAGCAUGCAGGCUUGGUUCGAAGAUGUCAGCAUGGAUGAAGUCGAUUAUCUGCAAGAGCUGGUCGACGCAAACAAUUAUAAGUCAGCCUCGGACGUUGAGAUGACCGAUAGUGAUGGUGGCGAAGGCCUGUCAAGUCCGCGUUCACCAAAGAAGCCUGACCCUAGAGUAAAGAAACUUGUCGUUAGAGGUGGUCUUAAUCCAAUGGAGAAGAUGUUGUUGGCGCGAGCUUGUAGUAUUCCUGUUGAUGCGGUGGAGGCUUACUGGGAUCAGAUGAGGGAGAAGACGAAAGCAUGGGCUGCGACGAAGGCUUGGUGUAGAGCGAGAAGUGCAGAGAAAGUUGCUAGGGCGAAGAGAGAGGGGAGGUGGUAG